GCGGGGACCAUGGAACCGACGGUGGCUCCCGGCGAGGUGCUCAUGAGCCAGGCCAUCCAGCCGGCGCACGCCGACUCCCGCGGCGAGCUGAGCGCCGGGCAGCUGCUCAAGUGGAUGGACACCACCGCCUGCCUGGCGGCUGAAAAGCAUGCUGGGAUUUCCUGUGUCACAGCCUCAAUGGAUGACAUUCUAUUUGAGGAGACGGCUAGAAUCGGACAAAUUAUUACCAUCAGAGCAAAAGUGACUAGGGCGUUCAGUACAAGCAUGGAGAUCAGUAUCAAGGUCAUAGUCCAGGACAAGUUCACUGGCGUCCAGAAACUCCUCUGUGUGGCUUUCUCUACGUUUGUAGCUAAACCCAUUGGCAAAGAAAAGGUUCACUUAAAACCUGUCCUGCUUCAAACAGAGCAAGAGCAGAUUGAGCACAACCUGGCUUCGGAGAGAAGGAAAGUCCGGUUGCAGCAUGAGACCACCUUCAGCAACAUUAUGAAGGAAAGCAGCAGGCUCAGCGAUGCCAUUUGUAAUGAAGCAGAAGGAACGGCCACCACCAUGGGCACCUCCGUCCAGAGCAUCGAGCUUGUCCUCCCACCCCACGCAAACCAUCACGGAAACACGUUUGGCGGGCAGAUCAUGGCAUGGAUGGAGACAGUUGCCACCAUUUCUGCAAGCCGCCUGUGUUAUGGGCAUCCCUUUCUGAAGUCUGUGGAUAUGUUUAAAUUCCGGGGACCAUCCACAGUUGGAGACCGCCUUGUCUUCAGUGCCAUAGUCAACAACACCUUUCAGAACAGUGUGGAAGUCGGAGUGCGUGUUGAGGCCUUUGACUGUCAGGAGUGGGCCGAGGGCCGAGGCCGCCACAUCAACAGCGCUUUCCUCAUUUACAAUGCUGUUGAUGACCAGGAGGAUCUCAUCACCUUUCCCAGAAUCCAACCCAUUUCAAAGGAUGAUUUUCGACGUUACCAGGGAGCUAUUGCACGAAGGAGAAUUCGCCUAGGCAGGAAAUAUGUUAUUUCCCACAAGAAAGAAGCUCCACUCAGCACACAAUGGGAUAUAAGCAAAAAGGGAUCCUUAAGUAACAAAAAUGUGGAAGCUCUCAAAAAUCUGGCCUCCAAAAGGGGUUGGGAGAUUACGACUACCUUGGAGAAGAUAAAAAUAUAUACCCUGGAGGAGCAAGAUGCCAUAUCUGUUAAGGUUGAGAAGCACGUUGCCAGUCCAGCACACAUGGCUUACCAUCUCUUGUCUGACUUCACAAAGAGGCCUUUAUGGGACCCCCAUUAUAUAUCUUGUGACGUCAUAGACCAGGUGAGCGAGGACGAUCAGAUCUAUCACAUCACCUGCUCGGUGGUAAAUGGAGACAAACCCAAGGACUUUGUGGUACUUUUGUCACGAAGAAAGCCCCUCAAAGAUGACAACACCUACACUGUGGCUCUAACAUCAGUUAUGCUGUCGUCUGUCCCGCCAUCUCCACAGUGCAUCAGAAGCGAGGUCAUUUGUGCUGGGUUUCUCAUCCAGGCUGUGGACAGCAAUUCGUGCACUGUGGCAUACCUGAACCAGAUGUCAGACAGCAUCCUCCCUUAUUUUGCUGGCAAUAUUGGUGGCUGGUCAAAAUCCAUUGAGGAAGCCGCAGCCUCUUGUAUAAAAUUUCUAGAGAAUGCCACUCAUGAUGGACUUAAAAGUGUGUUAUAAAUGGUCAACUCUCAAUUACCUGCAAUUUAAUUCCAAGUGUGUCCUUAUCCUUUUUACUUGGCAAGCUUUGGGGCCAUACAAUGAUUUAGUAUCAGCCUAAGCAAAAUGCAGUUAUGAAGAGAUUAAAAACCAAAGUGUAUUCUGGUGGUCUGGAGCCGAACUACAAAAUCUCUAAAGCGCUACUGUACGGACACUGGGAAAUUGCCUAGAUGCGAUAUCACGUGAUCUAUAAAAUGGCACAAAACUAGUUAACACUAUCCCAGAGGGCUCUGGAUUACAGAAACUCAAUGUGUAUUCUGCAAUGAUGAGUUUAUAAAAUGCAAAAUGGUGGGUUAAAAGCUGGUGAAUGUUUAAUACUAUUCCACGGGCAGCAGACACCUUUGUCAGGGGUCUCUGAGAAGAUGUAUUUCCAAGUUUUAGAACUUUAAAUUAGGAAGCAUUAAAACAUAAUGGGAUCCAAUCAGUUUUAGUAAUAGGAACUACUUUCCUCUUGUCGUUUUACAUAUAUUCCAGGUAGUGGGCCAAUUGAGUAUCUAUUUCUAUACAUGCACACGCUGAGCACCUGUAAAGUGUGAUGUGACAGACAGAAUAAUAACUGAGUUCCUCUUCUUUGUCUCUAUUCCAUCAGUACUCUAUUGACUAGACGUCAGCAUUUGUCAUUCUACACCAUGAUGUGUCUUAACUCAUAAGACCAAGCAGAAUGUGUCAGGUGAGCCUUCUUCAAAUGGAAGGAGAUCUCCAUCAGAGUUGAGAGCAAGAGACAGGUUAGGGCUAUCCCGCUUUGAGCUCCCCAGAUCUCUACCCCUGCUCCCCUGCCUGCUCCCACAUGCCCACUUGAAUAAUCUGGGACUAGGUACAGUUUUUUACUUAUCUGUCUUAAGAUUUUCCUGUAUGUAAACUUUAGACCAUGUUCUAAUUUUAUAAAUUACUAUUUAUAUAUCAUCAGAGUAGAUGCAUAGAAUAAAACAUUCUAGAACUAAAAAGACUUCUGGAGAUAUUUUAAUUCUAAAAGUUAAAAGAUUUGGUAAUAAGGGGCUUAUAUGUCACUACACCUUAGUGUUAUCAUUUCAGACUUCUGAAAUGAAGAGGUUUCUAAAUGCUAUAUGGGUAGGCUUGGUCUUCGAAUUUAGUUUUUGAAAUGUUUCCUGAACAGAAACAGAAAUACUUGAGUAACUUUAGCUGGCUCACAUUGAGAGGUAGAUCCAGUUGUCAGGACCCGCCUUACCCAGAAUGGGUAUAAACUCUCGGAACGUUGUCACUUGUCCUAGGUUUGUUCCCAUACCACAUACUUUGGAAGAAGUUUAAUUUAUAAAUUAGAGAUUCACAAAAGCCUCUAAUAAAAUCGAGCCAUCAU